GGAUCUGCACACUGGAUCAGGACUUUCUUCAAGGACUGAUUAGAGGCGCUUUAGUGUGGAUGGACAGCUCCAGUGGAUUUACCUGCAAGAGAAUGUAUGGAAUAAACCAGCGCUGUGUGUACAUAUCAUUUCAGUUUUUCGUGCUGUGGUGCAAUGCUCAGGGGGAGAAUCACGCGUCUCCUAAUUUUAAGCAGUAUGUGAGGACGCAGGGCGCAGCCACGGACCAGCUGAGCCGCAGGCAGGUUCGGGUUUACCAGCUGUACAGCCGAACCAGCGGGAAGCACGUCCAGAUCACCGGCAAGAGGGUCACAGCCACGGCCGAGGAUGGAAACGUGUACGCUCGUCUGUUUGUUGAAACCGACACCUUUGGCAGCAGAGUGAGGAUAAGAGGUGCUGAAAGUGGCCGUUACCUCUGCAUCAACCGGAAGGGGAAACUCGUGGGGAAGCCCAAUGGCAGGAGUCGAGACUGUAUCUUCACAGAGAUUGUGCUGGAGAACAAUUACACAGCCUUCCAAAAUGCCAAGUACGAGGGCUGGUACGUGGCGUUCACCAGGAAAGGCCGGCCCAUCAAAGCAUCCAGGACGAGGGAGAACCAGAGAGAGGUUCACUUCAUCAAGAGGCUCCAUAAAGGCCCGCCACCAUUCCCCAACACGGACCAAAGCAAACCUUUCGAGUUCAUCCGGUUUCCGACCACAUGUCGAGCAAAACCGAACAGGAAACCCGCAAAUAAAAAAGACUGA